UUAAACUAUAUAUCAAUGAUUGAUAAUUAGACUCAUACUUUACUCUCCAACUUUGCUUUCUGGUUUGAAGAAUAUUCCUAGUAAGCUAUAGCAGACCACCACUUGACAAGGAUGCUGCAGUGACUGUGCCAAAAGUAACUCAUGAGAAAGUGGCAGCUGCUUAAAGGAAAAAGCAAGCAACGAAUGCAGGUUUUCUAAACUGCUGUUCUGUCUGUUAACUAAUUCCUUGAUAGAAAGGCAGCUGCAAGCAUCUGCAAGUCAAAGGAGAAAGAGAAGGCAAGGAAAUCAAACAUCAUUGAUCUGGGGAGUCACCUGAAUCUCAAAUACAACAUUUCUUUUAGUGGAAUUUGAAUGGCCACACGACUUCCUGCUCCACAGGAAACUGAUGGUUCACUAGAGGAUCCUCCAGUUAAGUCACCAAGAGUCAAACUCAGUGAUGGAAGACAUCUAGCUUACAGAGAGAGAGGAGUGCCCAAGGCCAAAUCAAACUGCAAGAUCAUUAUUGUUCAUGGCUUUGGAAGCUCCAAAGAAAUGAAUUUUCAAGUUUCCCAAGAACUAACAGAAAAGUUGGGGAUAUAUUUUCUGCUAUAUGAUCGGGCUGGCUAUGGAGAAAGUGACCCUAAUCCAAGGCGCUCAGUUAAAAGUGAAGCAUUUGACAUUCAAGAACUUGCCGAUCAAUUACAGAUAGGACCAAAGUUUUAUGUGAUUGGAGUCUCAAUGGGAUCAUAUCCCAUCUGGAGUUGCCUCAAAUAUAUACCACAAAGGCUAGCAGGUGUGGCUAUGGUAGUCCCAGUCAUUAAUUAUCGAUGGGCCUCCUUUCCUGACAGUCUGACAAGAGAGGAUUAUAGGAGAGCACUUGUCAGGUUGUUAUAUUGGAUAGCAAAAUAUGCCCCUACGCUGUUACACUGGUGGGUUACUCAUAAAUGGUUCCCUUCACCUUCUAUCAUGGAAAAAGAGCCUGUAUUCUUCAAUAAAAGAGAUAUAGAAGCACUGAAGAAAACAGAAGGAUUCCCUAUGCUCACCAAGGAAAGAUUACGAGAACGAUGCGUUUUUAAUACUCUCAGGAAUGACUUUCUGGUCUGUUAUGGUGAUUGGGACUUCGAUCCAAUGGAUCUAAGUAACCCAUUCCCUCCGAAUGAAACCUCUGUUCAUAUCUGGCAAGGUUAUGAAGACAAGAUUGUUCCAUUUGAACUUCAACGAUGCAUUUCAAGAAAGCUGCCCUGGAUUCAAUAUCAUGAAGUUCCUGAUGGUGGACACUUGCUUGUGCAUUACAAUGGUUUAUGUGAGGCCAUACUUCGAGCACUGUUGCUUGGAGAGGAACAUCACCCUUAUAGACCAAAUGCAGAUAAAAUUGUACCCUAAAUUAUUCAUGGUUUCUUUCAUUCUUUAAAUGUUUAUUGUGUAAAUGCGUUUUGGUUUUAGAAUGAUAAGCCUGUGUUACAUCAGAUUCAUUAUUCGUUAUUCAAUGAAUGAGAAUUCUUCUUUCUGCUUA